AGGUAUGUAAAAAGGUUUUUAGGAGAGAGGGGGCCCACAAAAAUGAGGAAACCGAGGAAGAAGGGAGUCAAAUGUAGCCAAAUAAGAAACGUAUGCAGUUGGGUUUUUUUACUGUGCAGGGACCCCAUUGACAUGUGGCGGCCUGCGAUUGAUUCUUUUUUAAUUUUUUUUUUUUUUUUUAAAAAUCGGCCAAAAGAAAAAAAAAUGAAAAAUUAGAAACCCGGGUUAAUCAUGCUCUAAGUUAAGUUAGAUUAAAAACCUCUUGUGAAGAUAGUCAUUUUAUUAGCUUUUCCAGACCUGACUUUGGAGAGUUGAAAUUCACCUCCAACAUUUUUCUCCUCCUAAUUUAAUUUAUAUAUCUAUUUUAAUAACGAGAAGCCUGCAUCUGCAUCAUCUUUGUAGAAUCAUGAAGAAGUUUUCUACUUUGUUCAUGGUUUAUUGUGUUCUCUCUUUCUUCCUUCUCGUCUACGUGAAAGAGGUGAAAACUCUGGAGAUAAAGGCGAAAGUGUGCACAAAGGCACACGUUUUCGAACAGAAUUGUGGGUGGGAUGGAAACAAGACUUGCAUAAAAGGAUUCAAUAAAAUUCUUGAGUACCCUUUUCAUUGCGAGUGUGACAUUUAUGAUGCAGCCGAAAGCAGACGUAUUUGCACAUGUAAAUUUCCAAGUACCUUGCUAAUAUUCAUCGAUUUUAUAACCUAAAUCUCUUUACUAGUAUUAAAGAAAAUACCUAUGUAAGAACUAAGAACGUUGUGUUAGCAUCGUGUAUAAUACAAACGAAAAUCAUAUGUAAGCAUUACUUGUGUUAGCAUGGCAGAUAAAUUAUAUCGUGCCUGUUUAAAUGUAUUUUCAAAUA